AUGUUAGUUAAUUUAUUUCGGAAAAUAUUUUCAAAUAAUCUUUUAUAUUAUCAUGGUCUAAUUAUUGUUGAUACACUUGAUCAACGAAGCGGUGAUGAAUCAUGGGGCUUUACUAUUGCUGGUGGUAUCGAUUUACCUUUUCUUCAUCGUCAUUUUACAUCUAUUAUCGUUACAAAUAUACGUGAAAAUGGUCUUGCCUAUAGAGAUAAACGAUUAAAAUUAUAUGAUAUAAUAUUGCGUGUAAAUAAUAUUGAUUUUACAAAUAUUACGCAUAAAAAAGCUCUUGAAAUAUUGAGACAAUCACGACCAAAAGUUCAAUUGUUGAUACGUCGUCUUUCACCAUUGAUUAUCGAAAAGAUCGAACUAGAGCAUAAUGGACAACUAGGCCUUUUCAUUGUAGGUGGAAUUGGACAUGAAUAUUUUUCAGAUGAUCAUGGUAUAUUUAUUACGAAGAUAGUUGAACAUCAAACUAAUAAACAAUUACAUUUAGGCGAUCGAUUGUUACAAAUUUCAUCAUUAUAUAACACUUACGAUUUACGAUUUGUAACUCACGAAAAAGCAAAACAAUGCAUAGAGUUAGCAUGUAAAGAAAGUCAAAAGGUUAAAUUAUAUGUUGGACAUACAAGAUCUGCUAUUGAAAUACAAAAUGAAAGAACUAUUUUACAUGAAGAUGAUCAUGAUCGUCUUGUCCCAAAAGAUGCAGGUGCUGCUAAAGAAGAAAAAUUAAGACGUCAACAAAGCAAAAUUAGUCAAAACGCACGUCUACAAAGAGCAGGAAUGGCAACUGGUAUAAAUGGAACAUUAAGAGUAAGUUAUAAUUUUUCAUAA